ACCCCCGCCGUCGCCGGACGGCCACAAUAGACGAUGAGGAGAUUGCAGGAGCAUUUGCACAGCACAGAAAUGGAAGGACAAGAGGAGGGGAAGAACAAGAGAAGCCGCAAAAUGAAAAGCAAGUCUGAAUCUUCAUGGACUAUGAACAUCAACCUUCCCGCCGACCACAAUACAAUCUUCCCUCUAUUGCUCGCAGCAACGUUCUCCAACUCUGAAUCCUUAGUCAAGAAAUGCUUAACCAAGCUCCGCCGCUCUCCUCUCUUCCAAUCCCCUACCCAACUCAUGCCCAUCAUCUCUUUGAUCCCUGCCCUCCUCAACUCCAAAAGUGCUGCAAUUGCUAGUCGCAGUGCUGAGAUUGUGGGGGCGGCAUCACUGGUGUCUUUGGAGAUCAAUGAACAAAUUGCUUGUGAUUGUCAAACUGUGAAGGCUUUGGCUUCUCUGGUAAUCAAGUCCGAGAGGAAUGUUUCGGUGGCUGCAUGCAAUGCCCUUUUGGAUUUGUGUACGACUUCUGUAGGAAGACAGCGGCUGCUUCAUUUCUCUGCUUUGCAGACUCUUAUUUACUUCCAGUAUGAUUCACCAUACUCUAGCGAAGGUCUAGUCUCUAGACUUCUCCUUGUUUCUAGAUCAUCAUUUCCUGGAUUUUUGUGCACUCGUGAUCAUGGAAAUAUUUCCUCUCUCAAGUUGGGCAUUAAGGAUGAUGAACUUACAAUAUUACUUCAUGAUGUGGUGGUUGAUCUUAUCAAUACAUGCAACAUUAGGCAACUAGAAAAUAUUCCAAAGGAUCUCUCAGAAGAUCUUUUUCUCUUCUUGAAAAAACUUUGGUCAAAAGUUCACAAUCAAAUGUUAAAUGAAAAUGUUUUAGAAUGCUGUCAACUGAAGAACUUUUACCUGAGCAAUAUCACUAUCAAUAGUCUUGCUGAAAGCAUUUUUAGGCUUUCCAUAAUUGUCACACCACCUGCAGUUUAUUCACAUCAGACAGUUAAGAGAAACAUCUUUUGUUUCAGUGAUUUCACAUUCAAAGAUUUCAUAUUAAACCGUUGGGAAGUCUCUCCCUUUCUGCUAAGAGGGUCCUCUAGUGUUUUGUUGAAUGAGGAUGGCAUAUUCAGCUCAAUUUUUCAAUCUUUAAGUUGUGAAAAAUUGUUUCCAUCACUUGUUCCUUCUAUCCUUCAAGGGCAAAUUUCUUGUCUGCCUAUAGUUUCAGAUGAGUUAGACAUCUUUAAUUUCCUGAAGGAGGUUAGAAGUAAAUUGGGUUGUCCUCCAAUCUAUGAGCAGGAUAUACGGAUCGUAAAAACAGACAAGCACUCAAAAGACGAGGUGCAUUUUUUUCAAGAAAAUCCAGGCUCUUGUGGCGUCAAGGCUCCACAUUUUUUAUUGAUUCGUGAUAUUUUAAAAUGUCAAGAAGCAUGUAAAGAGGGAUAUACAAUUGCUAUGCGUGGCAUGGAAUUCCGUUCUGAGAAAGUUGCUGCCAUUGCAGAUGGAUUAGCUUCUCUCUUUGGUCAACCAUCAGCAGGGGCCAACAUUUACUUGACACCUCCCAAUUCUCAGGGCUUGGCUCGUCACUAUGAUGAUCACUGUGUGUUUGUGUGUCAGCUUUUUGGAAGUAAGCGAUGGAAAAUUUUUUCUCAGCCAAAUAUGCAGUUGCCUCAUUUGUAUGAUGCUCUUGACACCCACAGCAUUGAAACAGUUGAUAGUUCAAUGGCUGAAUGCAGUCAACUUUUGCUCAAUGAAGGCGAUAUCUUAUAUAUUCCAAGGGGUUUUCCUCAUGAAGCAUCUACAGAUGAUGGUGGACAUGAUGAACCUGCUGAAUUUUCAAUGCACCUAACACUUGGAAUUGAGGUUGAACCUCCAUUUGAGUGGGAGGGUUUUGUGCAUGUUGCACUGUUUAGCUGGAGCAAGACAGAACAUCAACAUUAUCCUGCUUCUUCUAGCUCUUUAUCUAGAAUUCUAGAUUUCAUGUCUGUCAAGUUGUUACAUGUUAGUAUUGGGUUACUUGGUGAUUCAGAUCCUACUUUCCGCAAAGCUUGCUUGGUUGCUGCAAUCUCUGAACCAUCAGACACCAAUAGCUGGCUUGAUCUAAACCAAAGAUCAACAUUCAGGAACUUAAUAGGAAAAAUUAGUUCAAAAGCAAGCUUUUCUGAAGCAAUCCAGAGUGUGGAAGCGGCUAUUCAGAAAAAUGAGGAUCCCUUUCAACGGAUAAGGUGGCUACAGUUUCUUAGCAAAGAGAGUGAAACUGUUGAAGAAAGUCAUUGGGAUGCACCCUUUAUGGCAGCUCAAAAGAUGUUUCCUCCGUAUGUUGAACACAGGGAGAAGGCAGAAUCUGAGUUCAUGCAUAUUAAAUCUAAAUUCUGUAGUGAGGUGCAAUACAAAGAUGUUAGUGGAGGCUACAUGGUACUGCAUGAGAAGUAUAAGAAGGUCAGAAAGCAAUACAUGAAUGGAAUGCUUUCACUGCAUUGUAACUGACUGUAAUACUCAUCUUUUUUCCCAUCACAGAGUUCAGAUCAGGUAGACAGUGAAAAUGUUCCAGGUUGGUUCUCUAUUCAACUAGCAUCUCCUUGGUUUUUUGGCUUCAAAAACUUUACAGCACGUGUAAGUCCAUUUGGAUUUGAAACACCCUCAUGAUGUUGAUUUGAUAGCCUAGCAUAUACAUGUCACUGCAUUGGGUAGGAAAAAAGAGUAGGUACAAUUGUGGGAGCAGAAGCUACUUCUAAACCUUUCGGCUUUUUGCUUCAUAAAUGAAUAGAAGACUUUUUUUCUGCAAUUAAUAACUCCGCCUAAUAAAUUGGUGAAUUCAGG